AACCAACCACCCCAAUUGGUACAACAAGUACAGCAGUGGCCAUCCCAGGAACAGCAGGUCCAUCUUUGGCAACUGUGGCCCCACCAACAGAUCCCCCACAUUUCCAAUGCCCACGAAGGCCGAACUUGGGCCGGGAAGGUCGGCCAAUCGGCCUCAGAGCAAACCACUUCCAAAUCACAAUGCCCAGAGGUUUUGUUCAUCAUUACGACGUCAAUAUACAACCAGACAAAUGCCCGAGAAAGGUUAAUCGCGAAAUAAUAGAAACAAUGGUUCAUGCAUACACAAAAAUCUUUGGGACAUUAAAACCGGUCUUUGAUGGUAGAAAUAAUUUGUACACUCGGGAUCCAUUGCCAAUUGGUAAUUCGAGAGAGGAACUGGAAGUAACGUUGCCUGGAGAGGGAAAGGAUCGGUUGUUUAGAGUUACAAUUAAAUGGGUGGCGCAGGUGUCACUGUAUGGUCUCGAAGAGGCUUUGGAAGGUCGUACUAGGCAGAUCCCAUAUGAAGCUAUUAUGGCUUUGGACGUCGUUAUGAGACAUUUGCCAUCGAUGAGCUAUACGCCCGUUGGUAGAAGUUUUUUCAGCAGUCCCGAAGGAUAUUAUCACCCAUUAGGUGGCGGGAGAGAGGUUUGGUUUGGAUUCCAUCAAUCUGUUAGACCAAGUCAAUGGAAAAUGAUGCUUAAUAUUGACGUAUCAGCAACAGCAUUUUAUAAAGCUCAACCUGUAAUCGAAUUUAUGUGUGAAGUUCUUGAUAUCCGGGACAUAAACGACCAACGCAAACCGCUCACGGACAGUCAACGAGUCAAAUUCACCAAAGAAAUCAAAGGUCUUAAAAUAGAGAUAACCCAUUGUGGCACGAUGCGACGUAAAUAUCGCGUUUGUAAUGUCACUCGGCGUCCAGCUCAGAUGCAAAGUUUUCCUUUACAACUUGACAAUGGUCAAACGGUGGAAUGUACUGUGGCUAAGUACUUUUUGGACAAGUAUAAAAUGAAACUACGGUAUCCACAUUUACCGUGUUUACAAGUAGGGCAAGAACACAAACACACGUAUUUACCGCUAGAAGUGUGCAAUAUCGUAGCGGGGCAAAGAUGCAUUAAGAAAUUAACCGAUAUGCAAACUUCAACUAUGAUCAAAGCCACAGCACGAUCGGCGCCGGAUCGUGAAAGGGAAAUUAACAACUUAGUUCGACGGGCGGACUUUAAUAACGACGCUUAUGUACAAGAAUUUGGUUUGACGAUAAGUAAUAGCAUGAUGGAGGUGCGUGGACGCGUUUUGCCACCACCAAAGUUGCAGUAUGGCGGUCGGGUGGCCUCUCUCAGCGGACAGGUGGGCUGGCACGUUAGUUUCUGUUCUGUACUACCUUUUUUUAUUUUACUUUUUAGUGGGUUAUUAUUUAUAUAAUUCUUUAAUUUUUUU